GUGAAUGUACUUAGUCGCUAAGUCUUUUUAAGACAAUACACAAGACGUAUUUUGAACAUUUAAACAAAGCUGUAUAACAAUUCUAACUGAAGGAAGACGACCCCGCGGUGAUCUUCUGCAAGCGAAAAGCCAGAGUGGGAGGAAAUGAGAGAGAAAUUCCGCGAGGCCGCUCGAGGUGUGGCUGAAACAGUGCUUUUGUUUUAAGGGAGAACUGUUCUCCUGUCAUUUCUCUUUCCUGAUGUCCCCUUCUGCAUUGUAAAUUCAUGAUCACAUGACUUUGGAUAUGGACGCAGUCCUGUCCGACUUUGUUCGUUCUACUGGAGCUGAACCGGGAUUGGCCAGAGACCUGCUGGAGGGCAAGAACUGGGACCUCACAGCUGCGCUGAGUGACUUUGAGCAGCUGAGACAAGUGCACGCCGGUAACCUGUCAUGCACCUUUACAGAGGAAAGAGAGUAUCCCACUAUUGAUAAAGAGAUGGCACGGAUGGGGCGCCCCCUCUUGCAUCGCCAAGAUGAGGUCAUGCAAGCAGCCACAGAGAAGCGCCUGUCAAGGGGGAUUUCUCACACCAGCUCCGCCAUCGUCUCUUUGGCACGUUCACACGUGUCAUGUACAGGCAGCAUCAACGAGCCACUUCUAGACACUCCGCUCUGCACCUUCCAGUUGCCUGACCUCACCAUCUACAGAGACGACUUCCGGGGCUUCAUCGAAAGAGACCUUAUCGAGCAGUCUAUGAUGGUGGCAUUGGAGCAUGCUGGCCGGCUAAACUGGUGGACUCGUUUAGGGACUGGCUGUCAGAGUUUAUUGCCUCUGGCUACUAGUGGAGAUGGGAAUUGCCUGUUACAUGCAGCCUCUCUGGGUAUGUGGGGCUUCCAUGAUCGAGACCUGAUGUUGCGGAAGUCUCUCUAUGCACUGAUGGAUCAUGGACAGGAGAGGGAGGCGCUAAAGCGCAGAUGGAGAUGGCAACAGACCAUGCAGAACAAAGAGUCAGGGCUGGUGUACACUGAGGAAGAGUGGCAGAAAGAGUGGAAUGAGUUGUUGAAACUGGCGUCUAGUGAACCCAGGAUACACUACAGCACCAAUGGCAGCAACAGUGCUGAGUCUCAAGAGGAGCCGGUGUAUGAGAGUCUGGAGGAGUUUCAUGUGUUUGUUCUGGCUCACGUGCUCCGCAGGCCGAUAGUGGUGGUGGCCGACACCAUGCUACGAGACUCUGGAGGAGAAGCUUUUGCACCAAUCCCAUUUGGAGGGAUUUACCUGCCCCUGGAAGUACCAGCCAACAAGUGUCACCGCUCCCCUCUUGUUCUGGCAUAUGACCAGGCCCAUUUCUCCGCACUGGUAUCAAUGGAGCAGAAGGACAGUUCAAAAGAGCAAGUGGUUAUUCCAUUGACCGAUUCGGACCAUAAGAUGCUGCCUUUGCACUUUGCUGUGGAUCCGGGAGAAGAAUGGGAGUGGGGUAAAGAUGACAACGACAAUGUGAUGCUAGCAAGUGUAACACUAUCUCUGGAGGCCAAGCUCCAUCUGCUGCACAGCUACAUGACUGUCACCUGGCUUCCUCUGCCAUGUGAGGUACAGCAAGCCCCACUGGCCCAGCCAGAGUCACCUACAGCAUCUGCAGGAGAGGAUGCCCGCACCCCGCCGGACUCGGGAGAGUCUGAUAAGGAAUCAGUCAGCAGCAAUUCCAAUGGCAAUGGAGAUAGCAGUACUGCCGGAACCAGUGGGACAACUGGCAAAACUAGCGGUGGCUCUUCCAGUACUUCUAGCUCAUCCAGCAACAGUUCAACAGGGCUGACCGGCACACUUGGCAAGGAGAAGGGCAAGAAAGACAAGGAUAAGGACAAGAAACGUGCAGACUCCGUUGCCAACAAGCUGGGUAGCUUUGGCAAGAGCCUGGGCAGUAAGCUGAAGAAGAAUGUGGGAGGCCUAAUGACGGGGAAGAAUGCAAGUGGGACUGGAGGCAAACAAGAGGGCCAGGAAAAAAAGAAAGGCUCUCUGAGAGGUCGUAAGGGCAGUAAGGACAGCUCUCCCUCCAUUCAGACCAGCUCUGAGGACUCUGGGAAAGGUUCACCCUCCUCAAACAGCGAGCGGCAAAAUGGAAACUGCUCUUCCGAAGGUGACCCUUUCAAAUACAGCUCAGACGUGAAGGUAAGUCUUAGCAUCCUCCGAUCUGCCAUGCAAGGUGAGAGAAAGUACAUCUUUGCUGCACUACUCACUACCAGCAACCGGCAACCAUUCCAGGAGGAGAUGAUCCAGCAUUACCUGGUGGAUGCAGAGGAGCGCUUCCAUGCAGAGCUGGAACAGAGGAGGGAAGCUGAGCGCAAAGCACCGGGGGGUCUUGCAAUGACCGGUGGAUCCCAAUUGAAAAAGGACAUGGCGGAGCCAAGUUACCGAUGUUCUGAAGGCAAGGAGGAAGUUACUGACAACUCGCCUCCAACCUUCAGUGCUUUUAAGUCCUCUUCUUUCAGCCCAGCCAUGUACUCUGGUGUUGUCCCCAUACCAAGGGCCACAUUCAUUGAUCAUUCUCCUACCCCAAUCACCCAACAUCUGCAUAUGCAUGGGUACAUGGAUACUCGACGGCAACUUGCUGGAGGAUCACCUUCCUCUUACUCCGGCCUACCAUCCUAUGCAACACUACCCCGACACUGUCCUCUAGCACAGGGUCCUCCCCAUACCCAGUACCAUCCACCUUCCACCACUUCGGGAAGCCCGUCCCGUAUCACUCCCUGCUUGAUGUCUUUUACCCAGGAGCAUGACCCAACUGAUUACCCUGCCGAAACGAGCGGAGGAGGGUAUACAAAUGGCUUGCGGGACUUCCGCUCUUCUUUGGACAGUCGCAAUGGGCUAAUGCCAGUGAGACAUUACUCCUUAGGCAGUGCAGGUGGCCUGGCCAGUCUGCAGUCCACCAAAUGCAGAACGCCUACCUGCAAUUACUACGGCCACCCAGAGACUGGCAACUACUGCUCGUACUGCUAUAGAGAGGAGCUGAAGAGAAGGGAAACAGAGCCAGCCAUUCACAGGUUCUGACUGGACAAUCGGUUCUGCUUUCUCCUAAAGGACUCUGUUGAGUCCACUGUGUGAGCCACAUCAUAUCCUGUUUGCUUUGAGAUAUGAGAUCGGCCUUUCCGAACCGGGUUACUGAGACUCUGACCGAGAGGACAAUGGUGGUUGGCCGUGGUGGAAGUGGGACUGCUGUUGUGUUACAUUUGCUGUGGCUCAUAGGCAGAAGCCCAGCCCUGCUUGGUCGUGGACAUCCUCUUACCUGUCUCCCUGUCUCCUAGUGGCGAGAAUGUAGAGCACAGGCAAAUAGACAUUGGAGCACAACGUGAUAUCUUGCAUCACAUGAAUACGCGUAUACCCCAAAAAUACACAUUAAGCACAACCAGAAAAUGCAUAUUUAUAUCAGCUGUGUUUGUAUAAAAUAAUAGACAUUUAGAGAUGAGAUAGUGUAGGAUUUCAGCUGCAAUCAAUAUAAGAUUUGCCAUAUUGCAGUUUUUAAGGCAACAAUACACUGUUGACUAAAAGUGAGUGUUCUACUUUAAUCUGCACCCCUUUUAAAGCCAUACCUGAAUGGCUUAAAUUAACUGUCUUCUAAGAGUUUCAGCUUGAAUCUUGACAGCCAAACCUUGACAAAAUGUCCAUAUUAUAGAUUACUUUUGUUUACGUUCUAUUUUAUACAAAGCCCCUUAGAGGACGGGUGGGAAUUUAUGUUCUCAAAUAGAUUUACGUUCCCCCAAUAUUGUUUUGCAUUCUCACAAAAAGUUUUCCAUUUACCUUGCAAUAGUUUGCAUUCCCAUACAAUUUGGGGUUCCCUCGCAAUAGCUUCAUCCAACCCUUUAUAAAAAAAUUAACUAUGGUUUUUAUUUCAGUAACCAUAGUGUUUUAGUAAUUGGUAGGAACCAUGGUUUUAAAAAUCAUGGUACGUGUACACAAAUUUAGCAUGGUAUAACAAGUAAAACUGUAGGAACUACAUUUGUCAGAUUGAUUAUAAUACCAUCAUUUAGAUUUUUCUGUAUUACUGCUAUGAUUUUACUAAUAUCAUGGUUAAAAUUCGGUAACUGUAAUAAAACAAUGGUACAUUUUGUGCUUACUAUGGUUUUUCUACAAAUACCAACUUUGGACACUCUAGUAAAACAAUAGUUAAUUUUCAUAAUGUAUGUAUAAAUCUAUUGCUUGGGAAUACAAAACAUUGCUAGGGGACGCAAACAUUUUUGUGAGAUCACAAACUUUUGCGAGGCAACGCAUAAUUAUUUCAGAAAAAAACAUUCUCUCCCUUUUGGAGUUUCUAGGACAACAUUUAGUGCAAAAGAAAAAAAAAAGAAUUGUUUUCAAGUGUAAAACCUUUUUAAAAAAAAGUUGAUGCCCUUCGUCAAGGGAAGUCAUCGAUAAUAUCCAUAGAAAAUGUCUUGAUUACAGUAGUCCCAUCCUAAUAUUAAUACAUGGGAUGAGCACCUCAUGUGUCAAUUGUUUUGGAAUGGUACAUUGUGCAGUCUUUAUACUAAAGUGUUAUAUUAACAGUUAGCUUAAUUCAAGUAAGGUACUAGCAGGUCAAAGAGGGCCGAUAAUGAAUCUUAGAAGUAAGCUCCUUUUAAAUGUUACGGCUUCAGAUAAACCAGGAUUUUCCUUGAAGAUGUCAGGCUACCCUCAGAUUCCCUGGAAAUAUCUUCCCAGACUUUGCAUUAUCGCCCCAGAUACUCAUGAUGGAGCAGUCGGUAGACUUUGCUGCACAAAUUCAAGCACUUUUCUUGUGUCCAGAUGUGGUACACAUAAGGUUGUGGGUUUAAGGCAUGACGAUGAUAGACUGUUAUGUUGCUGUGCUUCUUGUCUGACUAUCAGACAGCAGUUUGCUCCAUUCUGGAGGUAGAGCUUGAAGUUACCUCGUGGACUGCAGAGGUCAGGGUUUGGCUUUAGGUGCCACUGUGUUGCGUGCAAGCUCACUUGUUUCCUAGUUGCCUUUUCAGUCUUAGUUCAAUUCUUCAGGGGAUUGUUGAACUAAAUUCCUACUUUUUGUUGAGGUUGCCAUGUUGAUUUAGUCAAUAUUUUUGACAUUUUAGGUAUGCUACAAAGAUCUCUCAGUAUCUAAACUGACAAAGGAUUUUAUGACAAACGUAACCUUUCAAAAUCCUAUUACACUGUUAACCGACAGUACAGCCUUUGGUAAAGCCAGCUAGUUGUGUUAAAUGGUUACUUCACCCAAAAAUACACUUUCUAUCACCAUAUACCCACGCUCAUGUCGUUCCAAAUCCCAAUGACUUUCAAGCACAAUAAAAGUAGUUUAUGCGACUUGUGCACAAGUCUUCUGGAGCCAUCGGACAGCUAGGUGUGAUGACAGAACAAAGUUGCUACUCACUGAAAAACUUCUGUUCUGCCAUAGCCCUCAAAUCUCAUACGCUUAUAUAUUUAGCAAGAUUUUCAGGGCUGUAAUUUUUUCGUAAGACUUGAAAUAUAGUGCUCAACUCCUAUUGACUACUUUUAUGGUGUGUUUUUGUCAUUGUUUGAGCUCCACAUUGCCGGUCAACACUCAUUUUUAUUGUAUGACAAAGAGCAACCUGGACAUCCUUUAUAUCCAUAAUCUCCUCUACCUUUUGAAACAAUAUAAGAGUGAGUAAUUGAUGUUAUAAAUAUCAUUUUUGAGUGAACUAUUCCUUUAAACUGAAACUACAACGCUCAUGUGAAAUGGGCUCUACAGUACUGUAAGAUGAUGUUGCUGCUGUGAUCAUGGUCAGUUGAAUAGCUGAUGUGGGAAACUGUAAGUGGUGGUAGAUGUAGAACAGCAAACGCCCGCUUUUAAAACACUAAAUACAAAUGUAAUCGGUCGUAUGCAAUGCCGCAGUGCUUGUUAAAUGAUUCUGCAAUUGCAUUGCAAAUUUGAAAAAUUGAAAUAAGCUAGGCUAGGAUGCUAACAAAAUGUACUUGCCUACAACAUAACACUUCAUCUGGUAUGUCCCUGUUUGAAGCUUUACAUUUAGUUUUGUCUUUAUUCUAUUAAACAUUUACAUUUUAAUGGAAUAUUUCACCCAAAAAUGAAAAUUCUGCCAUUUAAACACCCUCAUGUUGUUCCAUACCAUUUAACUUUCAUUCUUGAAUUACAGACUCUGUCACCAUUCACUUUCAUUGAAUCUUUUUUUUAUUAAAUUUUUUUGACCCCAUACUGUGAAAGUGAAUGGUGAAAAACUCAUAUUGGUUUGAAACAACAUGAGGGUGAAUAAAUGAUGACAGAAUUUUCAUUUUUGGUUGAUCUGUCCCUUGAAAGCUCUAAAUUUCAUUAUGCUUUUGACCGAGUGAAACAUUUCUUUGCAGCAAGAUAAUUUUGACAUGUUAUCCUCUAAUAUAACCAAUAGAUGGUGCACUUGUUUAGUUCUUUACAGCUAUCACCAUUUCUAAAUCAAUACAAUACUUUUUAGUGACCUUUGACGCUUGCUGUUCCGUGGUGUAAAUAAGGGACGAAGAGUUUGCUGCUGCUGCUUUUGGAUUUAGAAUGUUAUUUUUUACAUUGGUCAAGCACAUUUAAAUAUAAAAUGCAAGCAAAUACCUGUUUUUUUUUUUUUUUGGUCUUAUGUAAGGCUUAUAGCAUCUACCCAAACAUUAGAAGUCGUAAAAAGGAAUUCAGUGUGUGAGCAUGUGUUUGUGGAUGUUUACUUUGUGUGUAUGUGUGUUUGGUAAAUUGUGCUUUUGCGAACAUAUUGCAGCUUCAAGGCACAAACUAAAGGAAAUUGUCAGUGAAAUGACAGCUACUUUCCCUAAGAGUUUUAUGUUCUCCUUGUAAUGUACUCGUAGCUUACGUUUAACAGAUUCAUUUAUUUAACAAAUUGAAAGCUCAUUUAGCCACCCGAGCAUUGGACUUUACUAAGAGUGCAAAAUGUUUUGUAUUAAGAUAUAACAAAAUGUUGUAUAAAUACGUUAAAAGUUAUUUUUGUAAAUCAAAAGCAGUUUUACAGUGUUUUUUAAAGAUAUGAAUGUAUGCUUUAGGACAGUGAUCUAAGUUGCAGUCAGCUGAAUUGGUGUUGGAGUCAGUAUUCUGGAGUAUAGAUUGACCAAGAGAAGCCUCUUGAACUUGAAGAAUUGAUUGCGAACAAAUUUCUCCAUCAGUUUGACAAGGUAUGAUUUGAAAAUAUAUAUUUGUAGUUUUUUCAAACGUUCUGAAGCUAGGAUGUAAUUUCUUAUGUGACUAGUUGUCAAACAGACACGCCUCCUGAGGUUUCCUAAUUUCAAUUUUAAAGCAAAAAUGCUACUUCACAGUUUUAAGUACUUUUUUUUUUUUAAACUGUGGUGGUGUCCACCUUGAGUUUUCACACACUAACUUCUCUAAUUUAAUAUUGUGGGAUUUGUUUCAUUAUGAUGUAGCUUACUAUUUUUAUAUGGUAUGUUUUCAUGGGUGUGACAGAGCUACAGUCAUCGGCAUACUCUUGAUUUGCAUGAGACUGAAACUGUUGCAUGUACAGAACUGGCAAAUGCAAUUUAUAUAAUCAUACUUUGUGCAUUACUUCUGGCAAUUUGUGUUUGUUUUAAGCCAUUUUUACCUUUCUUCUUGUUUUGAGAGGUGACCCUAGGCUGUGUGACGGUGCAAUCUAGGUGGAAAGAACAUCUGAUUUUUAUGUUGGUUUCAUUUUAUUUUAUUUUAAUUUUUUUUUUUUUUUUUUGCACCAUUUUAAUAAAA